CAAGGCUCUCAACAUGAGACUGAGAGUGCCCCCCCCAAUCACUAACAAUGUUGAAGUACUACCACAGAUACACUAGUGGUGCUACAUCUACACUAACCACCUCCUCGUCACCUCCUCUCUUAUUCUUAUCUCUUCCUUCAAACUAUUACAAUCUAUCCUACACAACCACAACCUUGAGGAUUUGCUUUUUUUCCAUUAGAAUUACUGCUCUCAAAUUCGGCUUCCAAGAAGUUCGGAGGAGCACUCAUUGUAGGGCGAGGCGGAGAGUAGUGAGAUACAAUGAUGAAGACGAAGAUGACGACGAUGAAGAAUUUGAAUAUGGGCACAAUGCAGAGAUAGCAAUGUUGGAAUUGUAUAGUCAGUCUGCUAGAGAUGAGGCACUUCUUGUUACAGCAUCUGUGGAUGACCAAGAUGCACUAGUUCUCAUUUUCAAGGGGUUCUCAUCGUGCUUGAGCUAUAAGACUAGUCCAGACCCAUCAAGAAGUGUUCUUCCAAAAAGGGCAGUGAUCAAAUCCAUUGACAGAAUUAGAGGGCCUUUUGACCCCUCUAAUAUUGAGUACCUAGAGCAAGGAUUGACUUGGGAAACUUUUAAGACUCGUCUCCACCCCAAUUAAACAACCAAAGCUCAUGCGACUUGGUUUUUUAAUUCUAAAUUCUUCUUUAUUAAUUUUCUGUAUCUUCUGCAAAUAAAGUAUGUAGUUACAAAGAAAUUUAUAUGACAUUUGGGCCAUAAAUCUAAUUUUUAUACUUUUGAGAUAAUA